AUAAGGGUAUAAAAAUAAAAUAUUCAAAGAGUAUAAAGGUACUUAUGAGGGUAUAGACACCUAAAAUUCUAAAGAGUAGAAAAUAUAUUAUGUAAUUCUGUAGAUGCUAUCACGUGGGGUGGGCAAAUUAUCCGGUGCCAAACAACAACACCAGCCCUCAACCCAGACCCAGACUCAGACCCAUUCCUCCCGCCUCACCCACAUAUGUAUCGCUCAAUCCAGCAACCCCGUCCCCAAUGAUGCCCAAAUCCCCCGAUCCCAAUCCAAUCCACCAUCCACUCAUCCACUCCCCAACACACCCGCCUCCCCGCCCACAGCACCCGAAACCCAGCACCCGACCUCAGUACAUACACAUCUCACACGCGCCCAUCCACCCAUGCAUCCAUUCCAACACAAACCCAGAACAAGCCGCCUCCCCAGCCACCAAGCCCACCAAGCACACCCAGCACACCAAUCGCACCAGCCCUACCCAGCACAAUAACCCGAUUGGCCCUUUCCCCAACCCAACCCACGCCAUGCAAAACCCUGUCUCCAAGUACAUGCGCCGCAGCGCCCGCAUCGACCGGUGAAGACACCCCCAGUCCCCGUCCCCGUCCCAUCAACAGGCCCAACGCCCUUCCCGAUCCCAGGUCCCCGGCGCGGCCAAC